AUGUCUCUCUCCAAUCUGACAGUAACUCACGAGAUGCAGGUUCUGACUGUCCUCUACAAGUUCACAGCGUCUACCACCGUACCCCUAUUACUCUUAGAGAGCGUUGUAUGGGGUAUACUGUGUGCUGGAGUUCCCCUUGGGUCUUACCUGAUAUGGAUCAAGUCGGCAUCACCCCAAUGCGUACCCUCAAUUCUGGCGCUCUGGACUAUCUUGGUCUCCCUUACUACACACUGGGUGUUAUCGCUGCGACAGCUCGAGUCGAUUCUUUCUGGACGUGCACUGGGUAUAGAACGCAACUACGGAGAGUUCGGUGAUGCAGUGGUUGCCGCAGAGAGGUGGGAACCUCCCAUCCUUGUCUCCUACGACAACUACGCCUCGGCAAGCCAAUACUUGUUUCCCCUUGUAACGGAAAGCGUAUUCUUUGGAUUUGCCUCGUUCUUGUUUGCGGUCACAGCUUGCACAAGCUUCUGGCAGUUUCGCUCGCGACGCCGGUCGUCGUUCACCCUGAUCAUACCCGCCACGGCGUCACUCAUGUACCUGUUAUCUCUUGCACACUGGGCGAUCUCUAUUCGGUGUUUUGCUUGGGUAGCCGGUAUCGCAGCCCGCGUUGGCGAUCCCUAUCCAUUCGGUGUGGCCGCGCUCGAAGUAGCACUGCUGGCUAUCGUCUCUUUCAACGCGGUGAUGAGUGAUUCGAUCGUUCUUUGGCGGAUGUUCGUCGUAUGGGAUAGAGUUCGGCCCGUCCUUGCUCUCGGAGCGACGUUGAUCGCUACGACGGUGGGACUCAACCUCGCAAACAUUGUCAUCAACUCACGCGGCCGAUUCGCUAUCUACAAUGAGGACCACUACGAGAACGUCCACAACACAGAGGUCAUGGCUACGUAUGGCGGCAACUACGUUGGUCUCGCUGCGGCGUUCUUGUCGUUGAUGAGCAACUUGAGUGCGACUGUUCUAGUCGGUAUCAAGUUCUACCAACGAUACUCGAGGUAUCUUCGCUCUGACAACCGUCGGACGUUGGUAGAGCGCUUCAUGAUGCUCCUCGUGGACUCUGGAAUCGUGUACACAGCGAUCUGGGUCUUGAACUGUAUCAGUUUCUUCCGCCCUAUCACGUCGCAAGUGGCGCUUGGUGCGAAAUUUGGCACUUUCGCUGGGAACCCUCCCUUCCCUGUCGUUGCAGCUUCAGGUCAUCUCGACGCCGCCAUGGCUCAGAUCACGUCCGUUUAUCCAUUCGUUGUCUUCAUACUCGUUGUCCUCGACACCGUCCACCAUUCACGUGGGCCGCACAACGAAGAACGGCCCAAGGAGCGGGAGCCUGAAGUCACAUUUACUCUCGAAUUGGACAUGGAAAAUUGCCAUAAUGUAGAGCUGGGACCGCCCUCAACGCACUCGGUAGUGCUGCAGGAUGAUAUUGACAGCUCAACGACUACCACGAAGGACGAUACGAAGAUACCUGGCGCUGACACGCAUCGGUAG